AUGGAUUUCGCUUCGACAGUCAGGAAGGCAUGUGCCGGGACUAGGGCCAGAUGCACGUGGCAGAGGAGGAAGCGGUCUCGCCCGUAUGACCGCACAGGACGAGCCAGCCUAGGCGCGACAAGACCAAGUCGGACCUCUUCGCUUUUCAGUCAAUGGAUGUCUCACUUCUGCUGUACAUCUCGGGCCUGUACGUCCAGUCUGAGUCUGUCUGAUCAGUCCUUGCUGCAGUCAGGAUGCUGCACCAGUCCCAGAGGUGCACAAGAUAUCGUUGGAGAUGGAAGAGAUGGACAGAGAGAGGUGUACGGAGAGGAAGUUUGGGUGGGAGAAGUUGCGGAUGACGAGGAAGGGAAGGAUGAGAACGAGGAAGAAGAAGAGCAAGAAGAUGAUGAUGACGAAGAAGAGGAGGACAGUAAAGAAGAGAAAGGGGAAGAAAGCCAGGAUCUGGGUCCUCCUCCAUCUGUAGACGAGGCCGCCAACACACUGAUGACGCGACUGGGGUUCCUGCUCGGGGAAAAAGUGAACGAAGGGCCUGGUGGAGCACAGUACAGCAUGGAGGAACAAGAUGACCCUCAGGGCAUCUCCAUGACCCAGAGGAUCAGCCCAUGCUCUAGCUUAGCUAGCAGCACAGCGUCGCCCCCUCCUGGCAGCCCCUGCUCUACGUUGCCCGCUGGAGCUCCGGGUAACAUGGGCACCAGAGACUGUGCUUACGGAUCCAUCACGAGUCCCACCUCCACCCUGGAGAGCCGAGACAGUGGCAUUAUUGCAACGCUCACAAGUUACUCAGAGAAUGCCGAGCAUGGAGGUAAACACAGCGAGGGCUCUCGGGGGAGCCUAAAACUCUGGCAGGCACAGAAGUCAAUGGGUGCAGACUCUUUUCUUUAUCGGGUGGAUGAAAACAUGGCCGCCUCCACAUACAGCCUCAACAAAAUCCCAGAGAGGAGUCUGGAACAUUCCGUCUCUCACUCCGCCCACUCCAUCCCCCUCUACCUCAUGCCCCGCCCCAACUCUGUGGCUGCCACUAGUUCAGCUCACCUGGAGGAUCUUGCGUAUCUGGAUGAGCAGAGACAGGCUCCACUGCGCACAUCUUUGCGUAUGCCACGACAGAACUCCGGUUCCAGCCGCUCUGGACAAGCGGACAUGAGAGUGCGCUUUGCUCCAUACCGGCCACCGGACAUCGCCCUGAAGCCGCUUCUCUUCGAGGUGCCCAGUCUGACACCCGAUGCGGUUUUCACCGGUCGAGAAUGGCUGUUCCAGGAAGUCGACGCUUGUCUACGCAGCAGUGAGUCCACUGCCAGUCAAGGUGUCGUUAUUAUUGGCAACGUGGGCUUCGGCAAGACGGCCAUCAUCUCUCGCUUGGUGGCUCUCAGCUGCCACGGUAACCGCAUGAGACAGAUCACCUCUGACAGUCCACAUGCCUCACCAAAACAUGGCGACACACUGCCUUUGAACCAGCCUCAGUCCGCUCACGGCACUCUGGUCGGUGGGAGCAACUGCCCUGGAACGCCCGAGAUGCGAAGACGCCAGGAGGAGGCACUCAGAAGACUGGCUUCUCAGGUGGUGGCGUACCAUUACUGUCAGGCUGACAACGCAUACACCUGCCUGGUCCCUGAGUUUGUGCAUAAUGUGGCAGCGUUGUUGUGCAGGGCUCCUCAGAUGCAGGCCUACCGAGAGCUGCUGCUCCGCCAGCCGCACCUGCAGAGCACACUCAGCCUGCGCGCCUGCGUCCAGGACCCUUUCAACGCUUUCCGCAGGGGCCUGCUGGAACCUCUGGAGAUCCUGCAUCGAGAGAGGAAGAUUGCGUGUGAUGAGAAUCUCCUCAUUCUGAUUGACGGGUUGAAUGAGGCGGAGUUCCAUAAACCGGAUUACGGAGAAACCAUUGUUUCCUUCCUGUGCAAAACCAUUGAGCGUUUCCCUCCCUGGCUUAAACUGGUGGUCACUGUCAGAACAACACUGCUGGAUAUAUCUCGUCUGUUGCCGUUCCACCGUAUUUCUCUGGACCAUCUGGAGGAAAGUGAUGCGAUUGACUCGGACUUGCAGGGCUACAUCCUGCACCGGCUUCACUCCAGCCAGGAGAUCCAGAACAACGUGGCACUCAAUGGCAAGCUAGACAACGCAGCCUUUGCCAAAUUCAGCACUCAUCUGAAAAGUCUGAGCCGGGGCUCCUAUCUCUACCUGAAGCUCACGCUGGACCUCAUUGAGAAGGGUUACCUGGUGCUCAAAAGCUCCAGCUUCAAGGUGGUUCCGGUGAAUCUGGCUGAGGUUUACCUGUUGCAGCUGAACAUGCGUUUCCCAACUCAGUCGUCAUUCGAGCGCGUUCUUCCGCUGCUUAACGUGGCCGUGGCUUCUCUACACCCGUUAACUGAUGAGCAGGCCUACAGUGCCGUGAACGCCGGCAUGGUGCAUGGAGCUGCCAUGGACUGGGAGGAUUUCCAGCAGAGGUCUGAACUCCUUUCGCCUUUCCUGGUGAAAAGACGUGAUGGAACGCGCAUGUUCAUCCACCCCUCCUUCAGAGAGUGGCUCAUCUGGAGAGAGGAUGGAGAGAAGACCAAGUUCCUCUGCGACCCCAGGAGUGGCCACACACUGCUUGCUUUCUGGUUUUCACGGCAAGACAGCAAGCUUAAUCGACAGCAGACCCUCGAACUUGGCCACCACAUUCUCAAAGCUCACAUCUUUAAGGGCCUGAGUAAGAAGGUUGGCGUUUCCUCUUCAGUUCUGCAGGGCCUGUGGGUGUCCUACAGUACUGAAGGGCUCUCUGCAGCUUUGACUUCAUUGAGAAAUCUCUACACUCCGAACAUCAAGGUAUCUCGGCUGCUGAUUAUGGGCGGAGCUAACGUGAACUAUCGUACAGAGGUGUUGAAUAACGCCCCCAUCCUGUGUGUCCAUGCUCACCUGGGCUACCUGGAGACUGUGACUCUGCUGUUGGAGUUUGGGGCGGAUGUGGAUGGCGUUUCAGAGAGCGGACUCACUCCUCUUGGCUACGCAGCCGGUGCGGGUCACCUACCCAUCAUCACCACCCUCUGCAGCAAGAAAGCCAAGGUGGAUCACCUGGAUAAGAAUGGUCAGUGUGCGCUUGUCCACGCGGGUCUGCGGGGUCAUCUAGAUGUGGUGAAGUAUCUGGUGCAGUGCGAGUGGAACACAGACGGACAGCAGGCCGGAUCCUUCAACAAGAGCCAUGCAGUACAGCAGGCCCUCAUAGCAGCCGCCAGUAUGGGCUAUACAGAACUUGUAUCCUACCUGCUCGACCUGCCCGAGAAAGAUGAGGAAGAGGAGGAACGAGCUCAGAUAAACAACUUUGACACACUGUGGGGUGAAACAGCUCUGACAGCGGCAGCAGGUCGGGGGAAGCUGGACGUGUGUCGUCUUUUACUGGAGCAGGGUGCCGCUGUGGCUCAGCCCAACCGCAGGGGCAUCGUGCCACUCUUCAGUGCCGUGCGGCAGGGACACUGGCAGAUAGUGGACCUGUUGCUGAAUCACGGCGCUGACGUGAACAUGGCUGAUAAACAGGGACGAACUCCUCUAAUGAUGGCUGCGUCUGAGGGACAUCUGGGUACGGCGGAGUUCCUGCUGGCUCAAGGUGCCUCAUUAUCUCUGAUGGACAAGGAGGGGCUAACAGCACUGAGCUGGGCGUGUCAUCUAAAUAAUCUCCAAAAUGGGAUGUUUAUGCAUAUGCUAAGACAAUAAACCACAGCUCUGGUCUUGUUGUGGUUCCAGGUGCAGUAUCUGGUGGAUCAUGGUGCGAUGAUCGAGCAUGUGGACUACAGCGGCAUGCGUCCGCUGGAUCGUGCGGUCGGCUGCAGGAACACAUCAGUGGUGGUGGCGCUGCUUAAGAAGGGAGCCAAGAUAGGUCCUGCAACAUGGGCAAUGGCCACAUCAAAACCUGAUAUUAUGAUCGUUCUGUUGAGCAAACUGAUAGAGGAAGGAGAUGGAUUCUACAAGAAAGGAAAGGUGAAAGAAGCCGCCCAACGGUACCAGUAUGCCCUGAAGAAGUUCCCACGAGAGGGUUUCACAGAGGACCUGAAGACCUUCCGUGAGCUCAAAGUUUCUCUGCUGCUCAACCUCUCCCGUUGCCGCAGGAAAAUGAACGACUUUGGGAUGGCGGAGGAGUUUGCCUCCAAGGCACUAGAGUUGAAACCCAAAUCCUAUGAAGCCUAUUACGCACGAGCCCGUGCCAAGCGCAGCAGCAGGCAAUUCCACGCAGCCCUGGAGGACCUGAGUGAAGCUGUGCAUCUAUGUCCCAAUAACCGUGAGAUCCAGCGCCUGCUGCAACGUGUAGAAGAAGAGUGUCAUCAGGUUGAACAACAACAGGAUCUGGAUCCGCCUCCUUCCCCUCCCCGUGAUCAAGCCCCAUCCAUGGUCCCGCCGCCUCCAAUGAAGCCCCAUAUUUCAGACAUGGAGCCAGUCCAGGACUUGUUUGAGGAGGAGGAUGAUGAUUACCUUGAGCGGGAUUUAGAUGGCCUACCGCUUGGUGUUCCUGCUGAGCCCCACACUAUACUAUCGGGACUUCCUGUCAUUCAAAACAUGCCUCCAUCUCCGAGCCAUCAUGAUUCACCCUACUUGGGCCAAGCGUAUGACCUUCGCCCCAGUCCCCCUUCAAUGUCCUCUCCUACUAGGCAAGGCUACCAAUCCUCUUCUCCAUCGCUCUCACCAACGCACCAGAGCUCGCACUUUCGGCCCAGUCCCCCUCAUCAGGCUUCCUACCACUUCAGCCCACCGCCAUCACCAUUACGCCGUGGACCACAGUAUCGCGCCAGCCCUACCUCUGAGGGAGUCGCCAUGUACCGUCACCAGUCCGCCUCUGCAGGAUGGUACCAGCAAGACCAGCUUGCAGGGCGACCCAAGUCCCCUCUGUCCAAGAUGAGCAGCCAACGUUCUUUCCAAUUUUCCCAACAGACUUCCCAGCCGUCACAACAGACCCAGUGGUUGCAGCCAGCCAAGGCACAGAUCGUCCGAACCAACCAGCCCAGCACUGCGGUACACUCCAGUGCCAUACUGGGUAGUAGUGCAUACAGUCAGAUUGCUCACUCGAUGAGCGCCCGCUGCCCAGGAGACAUGGAUGAACUUGGGGAUGGAGGGUACUCUUCCUCACUUCAACCUCAGGGCAGUCUGAGUGCAGGGGCCUUGUACCAGCGUGCCAUCAGCAUGGAUCCUGGCCUUGUGGAGGACGAGCUUCCCCAGAGGCCCUCCUCUGCUUACAGACCCAAUCCCGGAGGAGUCCGUUACGCUCAGACACCACAGAUCAGCCGCAGUCAGUCAACCGCCUACUAUCCAGUCUCGCCUCAUGAAAUGGAGCGACAGGUGACUCUGGGUUCACCAGAGAACCUUCAAGCCCACCGGCGUCCAGUUAGUGCAAAUAGUGCUGAAACCAAACAGCACCCACCAGCUCCACGCCCCCUUAUUCACUCCCACAGUACGGGUCUGCGCUUCUCUCCAUCCAGCAACAGUUUGGUGGCAGGUUCCGCUGCUAACCUAGGCCCAGGGUUCAGGCCGUCAGCUUCUGCGCAGCAAAUGGAGAUCCCUCUAAAGCUUUCCUAUGAAGGCAGCUACCAUGAUGACCUUUCACCAGAGUCACCCCCACAAGGCACAGACUACGGGGUGGUUGGUGGAACAUAUCCAGGAGAAGCGCUUCGCUCCCGCGCCACGCCUUUCAUGGGCAUUAUUGACAAGACCGCACGGACUCAGCAGUACCUUCAGCAGCAGCCUUCGUUUGCAUCAUCCUCUUCGGGUUCUCGACCAUGGACCGUUUCUUCACUGGAUACGGUGGUGAACAGUCCAGCCACCUCCCCUAGCAACAUGGGCUACGGGCAGCAAGCAGCACCCCUCAGCCAUAUUGCGUACUACAACCGCACCAACAAUGCUCACAAUGGUCACCUCAUGGAUGACGAUUUCUACAUCAACUCCCCUGGUGUGACGCGGGACCGGGCGGAUGCUAUGGGUCGAGUUAGCCAGAUUCCCACAUACCCAGAUGUGAAAGUGGCACGGACUCUGCCAGUUUCCCAGGCCUACCAGGACAAUGAGUUUAGGCAGAUGUCUCGAAAUGAAAGGCAAGGCCCAACCUCACCCAUUAAACCAAAGAGACCCUUUGUGGAGUCUAAUGUGUAAGAAUAAAGAGUCAGUGUGCAAGAUUUAUUAGAACAUUCUCGAGGAAUAUCUAACAUGUUGACCAACUUAUCUCUUCGUUUUACGUCCCAUAUCUUGAUAAUGAAAAUACAGACCUCUCAAGGUGAAUUUCACCGAUGUGAAUCUAGUGAUUCUAGCAUGUACAAAUCAAAUGCAUCUAUAUUUGCUCUGGACACAAAAAUGGAAGUAUCAGGACCCAUUGGAGUUAUAGUAGGCCUGUGUAACUGCUGUACACCAACCUUCUACUUUUCUGUACCUUCAUGAGAGGGUGGCUGCUCAAUGCCAGUCAUGAACACAUUGCUGAGCAUGGCCCCUGCACCAGACAUCCCCACUAAUGUCCUCACUCAGAUCAGUAAUAAUCCCGGAGAAUCUUGCUGUGUCUCAAGUUGAAAAUGUACCUAAAAUAUUCCAGAUCAAUAUUGCUAAAGCAAAAAACUAAUUUAAUAUUUUAAGUUAUGUUUGUAUAAAUAUAUAUAUAUGUAUACACAUAAAUUUCAAUGCAAUUGUGUUUUCAGUUUGCCUUGAGUUGACAUGCACUCAGCAAUGUGAAAUAUUUUUAGACUUUUUUUGGGCAUUUUUAUUUUUUGUCAACAGGUUACAAAUAUCAACAGGAUCGCUACUUUUAACGCAAUGCAAAUAUCUGUAGUGUUUGGUUAAUAAUUUCACAUCUGCUCAAGGGAAGUAGCAUUCAGGUGGUCAGCCGUUAAUUAACUUGCUCUAUAGUAGUCACACCACUAAAGCGGAAAUUGUCUUUUCCAAAGAAACUUUUCUCAUGGGAAGUAGGCGUGGGGAAAACUUUUUUGCAGCCUCAGAAUCCACAUGCUCUCAUUCAUUAUGUUUUGAGAGUUUAUUUGUGCACUGAAACAUGCCUUCAGAACGUUUUCCCUGUUUGUUUAAAACUGUGAGUACUUCCUUUCAGAUAUGGGAAACCUGACUUGAUGUC